AUGGCAGUUGACUUCGCCUCUAUCCCUUUGGUCGACUUCCAAGACGCAUUUUCUCCAGACACAAAGCCACGCUUCCUCUCCACACUUAGGAGUGCACUCGUCGAUGUAGGCUUCUUUUAUCUUCAGAAUCCUCCGAUUGAUAUCAAAAUACGGGAGGCACUUGUGAAGACAACGGGCGCAUUUUUUGAUCUCCCAACAAGUAAGAAGCUAGAGCUGGACGUGACCCAAAGUAAACACUUCCGGGGAUAUGGUUGUGCGGGUUCCGAAAAAACAGCUACGUUGAGCGAUCAGCGGGAAACUUUGACUGUCGGCAUCGAGGCACCUGUCCGUGGUUCGGACUCGCCCAUUUACUACGGUCUCGAGGGACCUAAUCAGUGGCUUCCUGAAGAAACCGCCCCAGGCCUCCGUAAGGCAGUCGAAGUAUACAUUGAGGAGACCCAAAAAUUAGCAGACACGUUUCUUUUUUUGGUUGCCGAAGCAUUGGAACUAAACCCCGAUACGUUUACGAAAGUACUCCACAGAGAAUACCCCUUCAGUCUUCUCAGAAUCGGUGCCUAUCCUCAAAUGGAUCCUUCAAAUCCUGCUGCGGCAGAUAUCCAGGGCGUCGGAGCUCACAAGGACUCAAGCUUCUUGACCUACCUGCUUCAAGGAACUGGGCAUUCAAGUCUAGAAGUGCAGAACAAAUCGGGAACAUGGAUCCCAGCGCCCCCUAUCCCGAACACACUUGUUGUGAACAUCGGCCGGUCACUGGAAGCCCUCACGCGCGGAGUUUGCGUUGCUACUACUCACCGAGUCAACUUGAAACCAGCUCAAUAUCUUGGACCGGGUAAUAUUUCUCUCGGCAAGCGGUUGAGUUUUGCAUUUUUCCAAACAGUGGCUCUUGAUGUCACUAAAGAGGAUAUGAGAGUGGAAAUACCUCCUCAUAUCUUGGCUUUACGCGUGAACAAUGUGAAAUCCGAUGCUGAAUCGUUCUUCACUGAUCUUUUCGAAGGCCCUGCCGGUGAGGCUGUUUUAACAAAUUGCGUUACGAGCUACCCCGAACUGGGGAAGCGAUGGUACCCCGAACUUUUGGCUAAAGUGCUUGAGGAGCAGCAUAGAAGUAAAAUGUUAGAUGAUGCCGGACUUGUUGCAAAGUCUCAGGCCGCUUGA